CAGGCGGUCAGUUGGGGCUCCGCCCGGGGGUCAAAAGUGAUUGGAUGCUGAACUGAGGCGUGAUCUGAUUGGAUGGCGCAUAGACUUCUUUUGCGCUGAUUGGCUGAUACCCAUGCGUCCUAGUAGCGCUGUUUAUAAUAAAGCGUCGCGAAGCUCCAGUGCAGGCAUCUCCGGCAGCGGGUACAGAGCGGAUUGUGAAGAUGAGCCCACAGACAGUAGCAGUUCUAGGUCUUGCCCUGAGCCUUGGGCUGGUAGUGAGUGGUUUUCCUGCCGAGCAGCCAGAAAAUGGGAAGCACUGGGUGGUCAUUGUGGCUGGUUCGAAUGGCUGGUACAAUUACAGACACCAGGCCGAUGUGUGCCAUGCGUACCAGAUUGUCCAUAAGAACGGAAUUCCCGAUGAGCAGAUUGUGGUGAUGAUGUAUGAUGAUCUAGCUCAGAGCACUGAUAACCCUACUCCAGGAGUGAUCAUAAACAGACCCAAUGGAUCAGAUGUUUACAAAGGAGUGCUGAAGGACUACACUGGUGAUGACGUGACUCCUCAGAACUUCCUGGCGGUGUUGAAAGGUGAUGCUGCCAGUGUGAAGGGAGGCUCUGGAAAAGUGCUGAAAAGUGGUCCAAAUGAUCAUGUGUUUGUGUAUUUCACUGAUCAUGGAGCCCCAGGUCUGCUGGCCUUCCCUAAUGAUGAUCUUCUUGUAGAUGACCUGAUGAAAACCAUCAAGUACAUGCACCAAAACAACAAAUACAAGAAGAUGGUGUUUUAUAUUGAGGCCUGUGAAUCUGGCUCUAUGAUGAUGCCUCUGCCGGUUGACAUUAAUGUCUAUGCUACCACUGCUGCCAACCCUGACGAGUCCUCAUAUGCCUGUUACUUUGAUGAAGCCAGAGACACCUACCUGGGAGACUUGUACAGCGUCAACUGGAUGGAAGACUCCGAUGUGGAGGAUCUGAGCAAAGAGACUUUGGCUAAACAGUUCAAGAUCGUAAAGGCCAAAACCAACACCAGCCAUGUGAUGCAGUAUGGAAACAAGACGCUGUCCAACAUGAAGGUGAUUGCAUUCCAGGGUAAUUCGAAAGGUCUUGAUAAGGCACCCGAGCCUGUGUCGUUGCCUGUGAUCACUGAACGUGACCUCAUGAGCAGCCCUGAUGUGCCCCUUGCCAUCAUGAAGAGAAAACUCCAGAAGAGCAAUGACAUUAAUGCUGUUGUCGGUUACAUGAAAGAAAUCCAUGAACAUCUACAGGUGCGAGAGCUGCUUGCUAAUACCAUGCGUAAGAUCGUGGAGCAUGUGGUGCAGGAGAAAGAGGAAGUGCAGGAUUACUUGGAAGGACGUGAAGAACUCACGGAGUAUGAUUGUUAUAAAACUGCUGUCAAUCACUACAAGAAACACUGCUUCAACUGGCACCAGCAGGAGUAUGAAUAUGCUCUGAGACACCUGUAUGCUUUAGUAAACCUUUGUCAGGGAGGAUACCAGGCCCAGAGAAUCACAGCAGCCAUGGACGAUGUGUGUUACUUCAGACAGUAGGAACAUGAACAUGUGAGCCACUGAAGACUAGAUUUGGAUGGACUACACUUUGCAGAAAAGAAUCAGACCAUGGGGAAUUCUGUAUCAUCACACACAACUUUGAUUUUUAUCUUUUUGAAAAUGUUUCUAAUGAGGAUUUGCACUUUUAUUGUGAUGUUUUACUGAUCUUUAUUUAGUUUUAAAGAAAGAAAUGUGCUUUAAGAUGCUGCCCAGUGACCCCUGUCAGACACUUUGGGUCGCUAAUUUUCUUUUUUCCAUAUUUUUUAUUUUCUUUUUUCUCUUCAGAUGCCUCCUCAAUGAGACCAACAGAUUUUUUGACAGUGCAGCUUUAGAAUGACACAAUAGCAAUUUUUUGCACCUCAGUUACUGUCAUUAUAAUUAAAAAAUAUAUAUAUAGAUCUUAAGAUGGUUUUGAAACCAAAGUAUUCAAAUGUGCAAUCACUGAAUAAAAUCCAAUCUUACAGGUUGUUGAAUAGAUGCAUUCAAACAAUGUGAAACAAACACUUGAUAGUGUAGCCUGUGGCUAAAUGUGUCUAAGAUUUUUUUUAAAUAUUUUUUUAUCUGCUUGUUGGCUGAGCCAUGACAAUACCCAAUUUCUCUCCAGUAAUAAAAUCAAAGGAGCUCUUCUUUAGUUAUUUGACUAAAUGUAUACGUAUCAAACUAAAGUGCAAACUAACCUAACUGUCUGUGGUCAUACUUAACAAAAGUGUCUUAAAUAACUGAGAUCACCACUCCAAAACAACUGCAGUAAGAGCAGGUAAUGAACAGGUGUGUUUAGUGAAAUGGUUGAUGUGUCAGGCUGCGCUAUUAUGUCAAGUGCCCUCCGUUUAGAGUAAUUUGAGGCUGAAGAAAGAUGUAAUGUUUGAGGAAUGUUCGCUGGAGUUUAAGCUCUGUAAGAAAAGUGAGUUUGCACUGACAACAUGGGUUAAAAUACUCUGUGAAACAAUACACUGAACUAUUGUCAAUGUUAAGCAGUGAGUUAUUGAUUAUAAAAGCAAAAAUAAAC